GAGUUAGAUGCAAAGGACGCGGGAAGAAGAAUUGAGAUGGAUCCGCGCCUCGCCUCUCCUUGAUCCGGCGAUUUAAAUACCUGUUCCUAUCGACAACAAGAGGUGUCUGUGAUGGAUAGAGCCUACUGGCCCCGAUGUCGUGAGGAUUAAACAGCAUCAUGUAUCUGGAAGUGACGUCAUCACGAUCGUCUGCUUCUCCGGUCCCGCCGUAUCCUGGAUAUGACCUUGAGGACUCUUACCGGGAACCAACUUUUGUUCCACGAGUCCGACCGGAAGGGGAAACUUACUACAACCGGAACCGAGGCUCUAUUGGGAAAUGGGCCUUCGGAAGUUUCACAGAACGGAGGACCCCCCGACCCGUCCCUCGCUGUCCGACAACGCCGUGUAAAGCCAACUAUAACCACGGCAAAAAUGGAACCAUCAAGCCAUUGCUGAACGGCAAAGCCACGCCCCGACCCGAAACAGCACCACCCAGGAUCAAGUCUGAGGCCGAGCCUAUAGCAUCGGUCAGCAGAGGGAAACGAAUGAAGAGAAUAAUUCACAAAUACGCACAAUCAGCCCCGACACCGCGUGUACCGAGGGUUAAGCCCGAGGCCGAAGAAAUAGCCGUUCCUCACAAAGGUGGCCGCAUGGAUAAACUUAUUCAUAGUUACGGGAAAUUGCCGUUAUCUGAUCGAGGUGUUCCGAGAGUUAAAGUGGAGGGGGAAGAUAAUGCGAACCUUGAUAAAGGUAAACGGAUGAAGACCAUCAUACACAGUCCUAAGAAUCCUACAGCCCCUCCGUCAGCAAGAGCGGUACCUAGAGUCAAACCCGUGGCAGAGGAUAAUGCUGAACUAGACAAAGGCAAGAGAAUGGGUAACUUGUUGCACAAAUAUGCUCGGAUGCCAGAUUCAUCACGAGCUGUUCCAAGGGUAAAACCAGAGGGAGAUCCGAAUUACACCUUAGAUCUUGGCGGGAGAAUGAGCCGACUCAUGCACGAGCCGCCGAGCUCCCGUGUCGUUGCAAGCGCCGUCCCUCGGGUUCGCUAUCCCGAGGCUCAGAAAAUACUGCGAAAAAGCAGGGGCCAGAUGGGCCGGAUCUUGAGUCACAUUGGCCGGAAGUCCGUAGUCCCGGUCCCCGGAUAUCAAAAACGGCAGUUUGAGCGUUGUCCGACCAUGUAGCGGCCUGCAAAGCGAGGACAUUCAUACCGUAAAACAGUGUGUGGGUGUGUGUGUAAGGGGGGGGGGGGGGGGGGUAAGGGUGUCAAAAACUUCAAUAACUCGGUUCAGGGUUGUUGACAAACAACAAUCAAUUUAAAAGUGAAAUGGUGCUUAUUUAUUAAUUUUAUGUAUAUUUCCUCUAUCGUGCGUUACAUUCUUACAAACUCCAUAGUGAUUUGGUGAUGUUCUAUUUACAUGUAAACUUUAAAUAAAUAUUUAAAAAGUUUAA